GAAAAAUGGUAUAAGUAUAGUGUAGCCUUCAGAUUACUUUUUUACACUGACUUUUUUCCCUAGUUUUGUUACUGUACUAAUGAUUUAAGGGCAACACAAUAGCAGGAGGACGAACAACCAGAUCCAGAUGGGUGCAGAACAGAGUCGUGUGCCACCAGCGGGUGCCCCCGGCAGCACCAUUCGCUCUCAGAGAGAUGAGGACAUUCCAUACACCUCCUUAACCAUCAGCAAACCCAUCUCUGCAGAUUCCCCAAAGAGCUCUCCUCGGAAUCAAGGCAGUCGUCAGCGUGCAGCCACGAUGCCAACACAGAGAGAAAUGCAAGCAAGAGAGAGUACACCAAAACACAACAUUGUAGUGGUUGCGGACGGACAGACAGUUAUUAAAGACCCGGACCCUGAGUUGACAAGACUUGACACUAUCCCAGUGAUUUACCCGAUUCUUCGUGGCUCCUUGAACCUACCAACAAGUGCACGAGAUAACGAGCUGUUGGAACGUAUGGAUCCGGAGCACCUGCUGAUGUUGUGUUUGCGCUACCAGGAACACCUUAAACAGCUGUCAGAGAGUGUAGCAUUUGAUCAAAAUGCAUUAUGUAUACGCAUAAAAGAGAUUGACUGCAUUAUCCAGAAGCUGAUGCAUACAAUGGUAGAGAAACAAAAGAGGUACGCCAAAUACGCGGAGCAAUUUCAACGCACACAGGAGACAGUGACUGUGCUAAAUCGUAUAAAAGACACAAUGAACGAUAUCAUUCCGAAAAUGGAGACUUUAAAUAAGAUGCUUCCUGCGGAUGAACGGAUGGAGCCAUUCCAGAUGAAAGAUAGUGGACGAGGAUGAUUUAUAAAUUUUAAAUGUGUAAUUUUAAAGACAAAUGACAGCGUCAUUGAUGUUGUUAGAAUUGGUGUUGUUAUUUUUUGCAUUGCGAUCAAAAUGUUUCAAGUCAAAUCAAGCAAUUUUUCCCUAACAUUAUCUAUAAAAAUUAAACAUUUUUGGGGAUUUUUUUUUAUGGAUUUUGGAAACAAUGCUUUAUUUCAAGACACGUUAUGAACAACUGGUGUUGUCAAAUUUUACAUCCAUGUGAAAAUUAUCAAACUGUGAUUUUAUUCAGGUGUCAUUAUCUUUAGUGAAAUUUGAAUUAAAUUUGAGUGUAAAAUCAUGCUAUAUAAGUAAUUAUAUUGCUUCAUUUUAACUUUUUUUAUUGUUACUCGUUGUCAAAGAAACAAAGUUUCAAAAGUGACAAUAUCUCAAUAAAUUAAAACAAAAACUUAUCUUAACCACAAGAAUACCCAACAGUUAAGCAAGUAUCAUACAAUAGCACUUGCAAUCUUAAGCAAGUGAUAAAGAUGGUUGAACUUGAUAACUGCCAUUUAAAACAGAAACUUUCAUACAGAAUGCAUAACUAUAUGAUGUAUUUUAGAUAUUUUUGGAUAUUUUGGACUUAAAAAUGAAAUCAGCUAGGCAUUUCUCUGUGAAAUACUAAUUAAAAAACUACCUGAAUAUUCUAUUGAAUGUUUGAUACAUUUUAGAAAACAAACUGUAAUAGGUAACUCUUUGGUGGGAGUAGGGCUUUAGCCAGGUUUUAAAAGGGACAGGGUGCUGCAGAAAGGGGACAGGGUGCUGCAAUAAGGAGAAAAGGGGGACAGGGUGCUGCAAAAAGGGGAAAAAGGGGACAGGGUGCUGCAAAAAGGGGGAAAAGGGGACAGGGUGCUGCAAAAAGGGGACAGGGUGCUGCAAAAAGGAGAAAAAGGGGACGGUGCUGCAAAAAGGGGAAAAAGGGGAUAGGGUGCUGCAAAAAGGGGACAGGGUGCCAAGGUAGAAAGGCACAUUGUAUAGGGCUGUAAAAAACUUGAUAAUUUUGAAUUUGACAGAAAAUGGUUUGAAUUGUGUUCACUUCAAGUAAUACUAGUAUAAGGUUUCAACUGCCAAAUAUGUAAAGUGUGUAUGUAUUUAUAAUCAUAGAAUAAGUUUAAAUCAACAAAGAAAUAUUUGAUAGCCUUAAGCAUUUAAUUCUAUGAAGGCAGAAGGGUACCCAUGCUGGUCUCCAUGAGGGCAGAUGGUUACUACUAAAAAACGACAGGGUGCAGCACCCUUCCAUUACUCUUUACUUCAUCCCUAGAUGAGAGAAAGUGAAAACAUUCUAUCUGUUCCUUUCUUCUUUAAUGUCACUAUGAACAUUUCAGCUUUUACACAUUCAAUUAAACUUGUUAAAUCUUUCCAGUGUCCGGACAUGUGCCAUGCUAGUGUAUCCAUGAUUUGAUUUCUGGAGGAUUUGGCUCAGAAUCGCAGAAAGUUGAAUAUUUAAAUUGAAUUAAGGUAGCAUUUGUAAAUGCUGCAACUCCUGGACACACUCCUUACUUUGAAUGUUGUUUUGCAUGUUAUAAAAACAUUUCAUCGUUCAGACGCUGUUGAACAAAUGAGUUGUCUAUUCUCCUGAAGCAAUGUGUAUGAAACUGUGAUACAUUAUACCAGAAAUACAACAGCAUAUUAUAUGGCACUGUUUACACCCACUGAAUGGGGAUGUGUGCAAUAUUUUGCGUUAUGUUACUUAAACUUACAAUUAUUCAUGAAAAUAAAUUAUUGAAUCAU